GAUCUCUCUAUCUCUUGUUAGUCUGGUGGUGUUUAGGGCUUCCUUCGUUGUACCAGUAGCUUCCUCUCAGUUUUCACUGCUGUCAGUCAAGCAAAUCCCAGGUGGAAACUCUGGAAUGCCAUCACACUCAGAUGUAGAAGGAUCCUUUACUGUUUGAACAGUUAGGGCUGUUAGCCCUGAGCUGAACACCCUGAACCAGGAGGACUGAUGGACCACUGUUAGUCUGGCCUCUACCCUUUGACCUGUUUGGCACUGGGUGACCCUACCAAGAGGCAAGGCACAAAGCCCUGACUCCAGCCAGCAUAACUCUCCGGGUCACUGGGGCAUGCAAGCCUCCAAACCCUACGACAAGGUUCUGGUCCUUUUGGAGGAGAAUUGCAUCCAUCUCCAUAAAAAAAACAAAUUUCUCCUCAUUGCAAUCCUAAUAUGCCCCUAGGAAAUACUACGAAAAAUAUUCAUAAAGGUGUGCAGCUGUUCCCUCAAUACAUAAGGGAUGUGCCCACAUUGAAGUUAAUAUGUGGUUACCAUUUAAUGUACUUGAGAUUACUAACACAGGGCAAAUGGCAUUUUAAAGCACCCAACAUUAUUGUUUCAGAGGAAGAGAUAAAGGUAUUAAAAAUUCCUCCUGUGCAGAUAGGGCAAGCAAUAGCUGAACGUGUUGAGGGUUAGAUAACUAGCUGAUAAUAGUGGAGUUGACUAAGUGGAUCGUCUUGGUCUCCGCUUACCGCUAGGCAAGGGUAAGAGUUUGCAUUAUGGCCACUGGUUUGCAUGUUGUCACAACAAAUCUAUGCAAAGGAAUAUAAUUCCAUUAAAAUAUUCAGAACAUACUGUAUAUGCUGUCAUCGUCCUUGUACUGGCACUUGAGGAAAGAAACUGAAAUCUUAGGGAAUGGAUUUUCCGCAACACAGUCACCAAGUUCUAGAACAGCUCAAUCAACAAAGGCACCUCGGACUGCUCUGUGACUGCACCUUUGUUGUGGAUGGCAUCGACUUCAAGGCACACAAGGCAGUGCUGGCUGCGUGCAGCGAAUAUUUCAGGACAUUGUUCCUGGAUCAGAAGGAUGUGGUGCACCUGGACAUUAGUAACGCAGCAGGUCUCGGCCAGGUGUUGGAAUUCAUGUACACAGCCAAGCUCAACCUGACAGCGGCGAAUGUUUUUGACGUGCAGGCAGUGGCCGGCUUCCUUCAAAUGCAUGACAUUGUGAGCACGUGUGCAACUUUCAUUGAAGGCAAGUCCUGUACACCAGCACAGUCUCUCACCAAAGAGGAGUCUUCUGCUUCAGCUCAAGACGUGGAGCCACAGAACAGUGAUAAGGAAAAGGAAAAGGAACAGAGUGUGGAUUCCCCUGGAAAAGAGAAGAAGGAGCCAGCUGUUGAAGCGAGGGUGGAUGGAGCAGCAGACUCAGAAGAUGAUGACGCAGUAAUGGAGUUUGAAGAUGAUGAAGAUGAAGAUUACAAACCCGGAGACUUGGUGAAAGAUGCUGUGUCAAAGAUAUAUGGAAAACGUCGGCACUUUUUUGCCAGGAAAAGUACUUCGAGUGACAGUAAAGACUGCAGUGCAGCGGAGAAUCCCAAGGAAGACAUGGCAGAUGAUGAACUGAAGGAGACAGACGCAGUGGUGCAUGAUAACACUGACGUACAGGAGAACGGGAGUGAGUUGCCACACAGUCACGGAGACAGCCAGGCGCAUUCUGAGUACAGCGAGAAGCUGGAUGGCGCCUCGGAGUCGGAUGUAACGCUGGAGGAUCAGGACAGCGCUAAUGAUACCAGGCGUCGUCGCUUCGGCCCCUACAUUGACCGCACCGAAUCGCGUCCCUACGGGUCAAUAACGCACAAGUGUAAGGACUGUGGGAAAGAGUUCACACACACUGGAAACUACAAGCGGCACGUCCGCAUCCAUACCGGCGAGAAGCCCUUCUCCUGCAGAGAAUGCAACAAGGCGUUCUCGGACCCUGCUGCCUGUAAAGCGCAUGAGAAAACGCACAGCCCAGUCAAGCCUCACUCCUGUGAGGAGUGCGGGAAGAGCUACCGGCUGAUAAGCUUGCUGAACUUGCACAAGAAGAGGCACACGGGCGAGGCCAAGUACACGUGCGAUGACUGCAGGAAGACCUUCACCACCUCCGGCAACCUGAAGCGCCACCAGCUGGUGCACAGCGGCGAGAAGCCCUACCAGUGCGACUACUGCGAGAGGUCAUUCUCCGAUCCCACCGCCAAAAUGCGGCACCUGGAGAUGCACGACGCUGACAAGGUUCACAAGUGUCCGCACUGUGAGAAGCGAUUUAACCAGCUGGGGAACUUGAAAGCCCACCUGAAGAUCCACAUUGUAGACGGGCCCCUGAAGUGCAGGGAGUGUGGGAAGCAGUUCACCACAUCAGGAAACCUGAAGCGCCACCUGCGGAUCCACAGUGGAGAGAAGCCGUACGUCUGCCCGCACUGCCAGCGGGCCUUUUCUGAUCCCGGAGCCUUGCAACGCCACGUGCGCAUUCACACAGGUGAGAAGCCUUGCAUUUGCAUCAUCUGUGGGAAGAGCUUCACGCAGGCGAGCUCUCUGAUUGCUCACAUCCGACAGCACACAGGGGAGAAACCGUACGUCUGCGAUCGCUGUGGGAAAAGGUUUACACAGUCCAGUCAGUUGGCCAAUCACAUUCGGCACCACGACAAUAUCCGGCCGCACCAGUGCCACAUCUGUAACAAGGCCUUCGUCAAUGCUGGUGACCUUGCCAAACACGUUAUCAUCCACACAGGUGAGAAACCCUAUCUGUGUGACACAUGCGGACGAGGUUUCAAUCGCGUUGACAAUCUCCGCUCACAUGUCAAAACUGUGCACCAGGGAAAGACCGGACUGAAAAAACUCAAAAGUAAAGAUGAGGAUGAGGAAGAAGACAGGAACAUUGUCACGGUUACAACGGAUACCAUGGUUACCUUGGCAACUGAGGCACUGGCUGCUACUGCUGUGACCCAGCUAACUGUGGUCCCAGUGGCAAGCACGGAUGAAACGGAGGUCCUGAAGGCAGAGAUUACAAAAGCAGUGGAACAGGUUCAGGAAGCAGAUCCCAAUGCUCACAUCCUGUACGCCUGUGAUUCCUGCGGGGAGAAGUUCCUGGAUGCCAACAGCCUGGCACAGCACGUCCGCAUUCACACAGCCCAGGCCCUGGUCAUGUUCCAGGCGGACACAGACUUUUACCAGCAGUACAGCAAUGGCAACUGGCAAGCGGAGCACGUCAUCCAGCCGGGAGAGCUCCUUUUCCGAGCUCGGGACGGGGCCGACCUCCCAACCUCGGCUGCUGAACAGCCUCAGGUACUGAGCUGUCAGAAUCCGGCACAGUGAGGGAGUGACCCCGGACCCGCCAGGAGCCAUGUCGCGCAGCAGGAGCACUCUACUCCCAUCGGCCAUCCUGAAUGCAACAAUCCAAACACA